AUGGCCACCAAGAUGCGCAAGCUGCCGUCCGCCGUUUUGCUGUUCCUCUUGGUCGCGGACCUGGGCUGGGCAUGGGCGCUGAUCCCUUCUCCCUCCCCCGCAGGCCUCUCCGCCAGGCGCUACGACUCCAUCUUCAGCUUCGGCGACUCCUACGCCGACACCGGCAACAACCCCGUCGUCUUCGCCGCCAACUCCGUCUUCAACCUUGUCACGCGGCCACCCUACGGCUCCACCUUCUUCGGCCAUCCCACCGGCCGCAACUCCGACGGCCGCCUCAUCAUCGACUUCAUCGCUCAGCGCCUCGGCCUGCCGCUCGUCCCGCCGUCCCUGGCGCACAACGGGAGCUUCCGCCAAGGCGCCAACUUCGCCGUCGGGGGCGCCACCGCUCUCGACGCCGCUUUCUUCCACGACGGGUCCGAUCCCGGCAACAAGUUCCCUCUCAACACCAGCUUGGGCGUCCAGCUGCAGUGGCUCGAGGCUCUCAAGCCUUCUCUCUGCCGCACAACCCAAGAGUGCGAGGCAUUCUUCGGCAGAUCCCUCUUCUUCGUGGGCGAAUUCGGGGUGAACGACUACCACUUCUCUUUCCCCACCAAGAGCCUGCAAGAGAUCACGUCGUCCGUUCCGGAUGUGAUCAGGACCAUCUCCAUGGCAAUCGAGGAGGCCCUGGAGAAGCUCCGGGGCAGGCACCCGGACGCCAUGAUUGUCUACGCCGACCUCUUCGGCCCCAUCAUGGACAUGGUUGAGUCACCUCGCAAAUAUGGGUUUGAAGAAGAUGUUCUUACCAACUGUUGCGGAAGGCCUGGGGCACUUAUCUGCGGCGAUGAAGGUGCAAACCUAUGUGAGAAACCGGCUGCUCGUCUGUUCUGGGAUGUCGCCCACUUGACGGAGGCGGCUUACCGCUACAUCGCCGAUGGCUGGCUGGGCAGCAUAGACUCCCCUGUGUUAGAGAUAUAUUUGGGUUACAUGUAUUUGCUAGUUUAG